AUGUCGGAGAUUACUGCUAUAGGCAUCGGCACCCUGAGCGCCUUGGCCAGUCUCGUCCGUCCAUCAGGCCACAUUACUGUCCUCACAGGUAUCACAUCCUUGAGCCAGUUCCUACCAGGACGUGCGGCAUUGGAGUUCAAUGCAAAUGGGCAUCUUCAAACGACCAGGUUCAGCAAGCAGUGCCCAGAGCGAGCAUAUACGAUGGAAAACGAGCUGGGUGUCUCGUUCUGGGCCCGAAACGGCCACUUCUGCCUGGCACUUCGCUCGCGCGAGGAUGCCUACGUGCUGCUCUGCGACCUGGCAGAGGUCAUCAGCCGCAUGCGCAGCUACCACCUUGAGCACACGACAGGGGCUGGUCGCGAGCGGGCGUGGAUUCGCGCACCCGUACUGCGCUCUGUCGCGUACAUUAGGUGGAGCAAUUCUUCGCAGCUGGCCGUCCAGACUCAGCUCCGCGAGGGUAUCCUCGUGUCUCGAGCUGGUAGACGACCGCCGCCCGACCAGAUCGUCACGGCUGCCCCGGAGAUUCUGCCGACCCCUGCGAAUGCGACCAGCCUUGAGGAAAUUCUGGAUCCUUGCAUACUACUCACUGAAUCUAAACUCGCCCCAAUCGGAGGUAAUUCACAUACCCGAUUCGACGAAUAA